AUGUACUCAACUAGUCUGUUGCGUUGGCUAGUUGUUGCCCUCGUUUCGGCGGUGCCGCUCGUUACGGCAUACGGCUUUGUGCCAUAUCCUCAAAACGAUGCGUUCUAUUACCCCCCCGACGGGUGGCAAAACACAGAGCGUGGUGACAUCCUCAAGGACCGUAAGAUCCAGGCUGCUACUCUCGGUAUCCUGAAGUGGAAUCUGGACGCUUGGCAGGUCCUUUACCGCACUUCCGGUGCUCGCCCAAACACUCCUUCGUACACUGUUACAACGGUCCUCGUUCCUUACAACGCUAAGCGUGACCAUGUCGUUACUAUUGCUUCGCCCGAAAACUCGAACUUCAUUCAAUGCGCACCAAGUUAUGCCUUCCGUCACACCGGCGUUUUGGAGAUUGCUAACUUUGAGCCUCGUUGGGAGCAGAUGCUUUACACGUUGUUCUUGGCCGAAGGCUGGGUUGUGAAUGCACCGGACCAUGAAGGUCCAGAGAGCGCUUUCUCCGCGGGUCGUCUCGGUGGUCAUAUGAUGCUUGACUCCAUGCGUGCUCUCCAGAAGUAUGGUCCUCUGAACAUUCCGGACAAUGCUAUGCAUAUCGGUCAUGGGUACUCUGGCGGUUCGACGCCGACUGGCUGGGCUGCAAGCUUGCUUGAGAGGUAUGCUCCUGAGCUGAACGUCGUUGGCUGGUCAAUGGGUGGUUCUAUGACGGACCCGUUGUACACUUUGGACUCGCUCGAUGGCAACCCUACCUCUUCUCUUGUAUUGGCCGGUGCGCUUGGUAUCGUCGAUGCCUAUAGGGAUGAAGUGGGCAACUACCUCCACGAUAAUGUCCUGACAGAUGAGGGUAAGAUUGCAGAGAAGGUCAUGAGGAACUCAUGUGUAUACGAGGCUGUUAUUCGAUACUUCGGCGCUACGUUCCAAAGUGAACGUUACAUGAAGGAUGGCCGUAAGCUGAGCUCGUUCCCUGAGCUUACCCACCUCACGGAUAUGAACACCAUGGGUCGCUACCCUCAAUACACCCCUAAGAAGCCCUUCCGUAUGUUCCAUGCCCUUCACGAUGAGGAGAUUGCUUGGCACCAAGCCAACAAAACUGCUGUUGAGUGGUGCAACAAUGGAGCCAAUGUCAACUUCAUUACGUUUAGCUCAAAUGACCUUGUGCAUGUCACGACAUACCUGUGGAACUUGCCUUACCUUGUUCAAUACAUGCGUGAUCGCUUCAGUAACAAAGACUUUUAUGGCGGUAACUGCCAGUUUGACGUGGAGCCAAACAACCCUCUCUUUGACACCAGUAUCUUGGGUGAGCGUUUCAAGGAGCUCCUUGAGGCUGUUCUCGACAUCCUUGGCAAGAAGAUUGGUCCGAAGGACUCGAUUAUCCUCAACAUGAUCAAGUCUGGCAAGAACCCUAACAAGGGCGGUGUGUGGAACGAUGUUCUGAAGUCGACUACCGUCUCUCCUGGUGAGGGCGGUAACAAGUCGCCUGAAAGCAAGAAGGCUACGAAGAAGUACAAGAGCGAGAGCAAGGCUGAGAAGAAACAGCCAGACAGCAUACCGUCGUCGUCGAGCAAGAGCAGCUCUGAUAAUAAGAGUGCUCACGCUAAGUACCAUGCUCAUGGACAUGGACACGGCCAUGCUAGCAGCAACAGCAACAACGGCCAUUCGCACUCAGCGAAGGAAAGCAGCACGUCGAAGGGCUCGUCUCGUCGUCACGUUGCCCGUUUCAUGUAA